UUAUUUUGACAAACUAUUUAUUUCAUAAUAGACAGCAAAAAUGGAUGGAAUUUUUGAUAUAUCAAGUUGGUUUGAUGAAGUUAGGCGCAUGAACAAGCGUCAGUUAAUAUACCAAGUGCUAAAUUUUGGGAUGAUAGUUUCUUCUGCUCUCAUGAUCUGGAAAGGUUUAAUGGUUGUAACUGGCAGUGAAAGUCCUAUUGUUGUUGUCCUCAGUGGAAGCAUGGAACCUGCAUUUUAUCGAGGUGAUCUUCUCUUCCUAACCAAUGAUAACAGCAAGCCAAUCCGAGCUGGUGAAAUAGUUGUAUUUAAAAUUGAAGGUAGAGAUAUUCCUAUUGUGCAUCGUGUAAUUAAAGUCCAUGAGAAGGAAGAUGGUUACGUAAAAUUUUUAACAAAAGGCGAUAACAAUAAUGUUGAUGACAGAGGAUUGUAUGCACCUGGUCAGUUAUGGCUGGAGAAAAAAGAUGUUGUAGGACGAGCUAAUGGUUUCUUGCCGUAUAUUGGAAUCAUCACUAUUUUAAUGAACGACUAUCCGAAAAUAAAAUAUUUAAUAUUAGCUGCUUUAGGCUUCUUUGUUUUGAUUCAUCGAGAAUAAAAAAGACAUAUUUGUGUAAAAUAAUGUAUUCCAUGCAAUCAACAUCAACCAACAUCCUUUUAAUAGUGUUCGUAGCAUUGUAUUUCACAUGACUUAUAAAGAUAAAAGAUUACUGGA